UGGGUUUAGUAGGAGACCUGGAGGUCUGGCCCGUCUGUUAGCUGCUCUCGCUCCGUCUGCUCGGAGGAGCGGCGGUACCUCGGCCUCCAGUGUCUCCGGUGGAGCGAAGCGGCGGCCAGGAUGGUGUUGCUGGGCUUUCUGCAGGCUGGCGGGUCCGUGCUGGGACAGGCGAUGGAGCGGGUGACUGGAGGCAACCUUCUGUCCAUGCUGCUGAUCGCCUGCGCCUUCACACUCAGCCUGGUUUAUCUGUUCCGCCUCUCUGUCAGUCACCUGGUCCCACUGCCAGCCGGGGCGAAAAGUCCACCAUACAUUUUCUCUCCAAUUCCAUUCCUUGGGCAUGCUAUAGCAUUUGGGAAAAGUCCAAUUGAAUUCCUAGAAAAUGCAUAUGAGAAGUAUGGACCUGUAUUUAGUUUUACCAUGGUGGGCAAGACGUUUACUUACCUUUUGGGGAGUGAUGCUGCUGCACUGUUUUUUAAUAGUAAAAAUGAAGACCUGAAUGCUGAGGAUGUUUAUAGCCGUCUGACAACACCUGUGUUUGGGAAGGGAGUUGGAUAUGAUGUGCCUAAUGCAGUUUUCUUGGAGCAGAAGAAAAUGUUAAAGAGUGGCCUUAACAUAGCCCACUUUAAACAGUGUGUUUCUAUAAUUGAAAAAGAAACAAAGGAAUACUUUCAGAGUUGGGGAGAAAGUGGAGAAAAAAAUGUGUUUGAAGCUCUUUCUGAGCUCAUAAUUUUAACAGCCAGUCAUUGUUUACACGGAAAGGAAAUCAGAAGUCAACUGAAUGAGAAGGUGGCACAGCUGUAUGCAGAUUUGGAUGGAGGUUUUAGUCAUGCAGCCUGGCUGUUGCCAGGUUGGCUGCCCCUGCCUAGUUUCAGACGCAGAGACAGAGCUCAUCGAGAGAUCAAGAAUAUUUUCUAUAAGGCAAUCCAAAAACGCAGGCAGUCAGAGGAAAAAAAUGAUGACAUUCUCCAAACUCUACUAGAUUCUUCAUACAAGGAUGGGCGUCCUUUGACAGAUGAAGAAAUAGCAGGGAUGCUGAUUGGACUCCUCUUGGCAGGACAGCAUACGUCUUCAACUACCAGUGCCUGGUUGGGCUUCUUUUUGGCCAGAGAUACAACACUUCAAGAAAAAUGUUAUUUAGAACAGCGUACAGUUUGCGGGGAGGAUCUUCCUCCUUUAACUUAUGAUCAG